CAUGAGGUUCGAUGACUCGGUCUGCUAAGGGCAGUUUCGAAGUGACGGGAUGUUAAAAUUGGAAUUAAUACGUCAGUAAUUUGUAUGAUUCGAAAGAAGUGUGAUCAUCUAGUGAGGGUGAUCAAAAUUCUAGAUCUUGCUGAGCCUGUUAUGGGAUUGCCAUCACAAUGACGGUCGACUUCAGUGAUUACUUCUGGGGGGAGAAAAACAAUGGGUUUGAUGUUCUGUACCACAACAUGAAAUAUGGCCUCACUGCAAGUAAGGAGUUUGCAGAUUUCCUGCGUGAAAGAUCAUUAAUUGAGGAAAACAACUCUAAGAUGCUUGCAAAACUUGCUAAGCAGGCUGGAACAGGAUGCAUCAAUGGAACAUUUGCUCCAGUAUGGCAAGUUUUGCGUACAUCUGCAGAAAAGUUACUCACACUUCAUGUUCAAAUGGUUCAGAAAGUGUCAGAACUGGUAAAAGAGGUGACAAAAUAUGCUGAUGAUCUGCAGAAAAAACACAAACAGGUGAAAGAAGAAGAAGGUGGAACAUUAGAAGUUGUACAAGCAAUCCAAGCAACAACUCUUACAUUGCAAAAGGUUAAAGAUUCCUACUUACAAAAGAGCCAGGAAUUAGAUCGAUUGCGUAAAGAAAAUGCAUCACCACGUGAUUUAGAAAAGGCAGAGGUGAAACUUCGUAAGGCACAAGAAGAAUACAAGGCUCUUGUUGAAAAGUAUCAUGUUAUCAAAGAAGAUUUUGAGAAAAAGAUGAUUACGGCCUGCAAGAAAUUUCAAGAUGUUGAGGAAUCACAUUUAAUUCAAAUGAAAGAUUUCUUAUACACUUAUGCUGAAUUAUUGCAACAAAACCAUGAAUUGAUUGGUCAGGUUCACCUAGAUUUUAAGAGACAGUGCCUAGAAAUGACUGUGGACAAAUUGUUAGAACAAUUUGUUCUUGGGAAAUACACAGGAUUAGAAAAACCUGGCAUCAUCGAUCUUGAAGACUUAAAUAUUCUCAAUACUACACCUUCUUCGUCCAGUAGCCAGCUCAAGAAUGUUGUAGGGGAUAGUUCUGAUAAGGACACAAGCAGUAAGGACGACGGCAAUAAGAGUUGGAAGCGUGAAGGUAAUGUGGAUAAUAUUGGACAGCCUCCUGGGCAGCCUCCAGGCCAACCACUGGGCAACUCGCAGGCCAAACCUUCCCGACGCACCACCUCCCUCCUGAACCUCUUCAUGUCUAAUUCACAGGGCAGCAAGGAGAGUAGCGGGCAUCCCGACGGCGGAGGGCCCGGGGCAGGGGGGAGUCAGGGCGCCGAUGUGGCCACCCCGACAUCCGCCCCUACCAGCCCCGGUGCCGAUGCUGGUAUCACCACGCUCGCUCGCAACCCUUUGCGCGGAUCCAAAUGCGAUGGAGUCUCUCCUACGGCAAAUCGAUCUCCGGUCUCCAGCCUCUCAUCCUGGACGACAGGGUUCCUUAGGAGUCGCAGGGACAAACGCAAAGAAAAAAAAGCAAAGAAGAAGAAGGAUGGUAGCACAGACAAUGCAAGUCAGAAGUCAGAUGGUGAGGACAAAUCUGGUACUCCCACUCCUGAAGUUGAUGAUGAAGGGUACAAUGUACGACCGAAGAGUGAUACAUGGGAAAAUGAUAAGGGCUCAUUUUACUCAAGUUCGGACUCAGAUUCAGAGGAUGAACGGGAAAGGAAAAUCCACGUUGAAAUCAAACCAUUAAGUAAUGGUGCUGCUCCCAUGAGUGCUAGUGUAGAUGAACUUCGGGCCACUGUGGGCAACCUGUCAAUAUCUCCCAUUGGGGCCACUAUGGGAAGGAGAGGAUCUACAGCCGAGACAGAUUUGCACAUGAAACGUUCUCAGUCUGUGUCUCAACAGUUAGGGAAGCCCAGCAGUGAUUUAUUGGGGCUGAACCUUUUCCAAAGUCCUACAACAUCUGCAGCAUCGACUCCCACUGGCAGUGGCAAUCACCCCUAUGCCCCUCUCACCAGCCCUCCGCCACCGGGUGGCUCACCAGCUACAGCGUCGCCUUCAGCAAAAUAUGCAGAUCUGGGAGAAUUGCUGGCCGAAGUUGAAACACAGCCAGCCCUUCCCCCAAAACAAUCAAGGCAGGGUACUGCUGGUGGUUCUUCCAUAGCCAUACCAAGGCCGCCUUCAAGGCGUGGAGAGGGGCCCGCACCGAGGGGCCGAGUGAGUCCAGGUCCAAAUGCUCUCUCCAUGUCCCGAGCAGACAGUGUUGCAAGUUUAGAGUUCAGAGCCGCCGGUGUAGCUGUGGGCUCGUCUCGAGGCCCAUCUCCAUUGACUAUUGGAAUGACAGAUACUAUACCUUUGGCAGUGGCUUUCCAUGAAAUCGUUCAUUCAUAUUUCCGAGGCACGGACGAAACCAGGUGUCAAGUGAAAAUGUCAGGGGACAUGAUGCUUUCAUUCCCAGCUGGAAUAGUUGCUGUUCUUGCAAACAAUCCAAGUCCUGCUCAACUAACUUUUCGAAUAAAAAAUACACAACGUAUUGAGAAUGUUCUCCCCAACAAACAGUUAGUUCAUAUUGAUACGGCCCAAUCAAAUACUGACAGCAUGGUUUUUGAGUUUAAUAUGAGUUCUCUCACUGGUCUUCUUCGCCGACAAGCUGACCAAAACCCCACUGCGUCAUAUUUCAACGUGGAUAUUUUAAAAUAUCAAGUUAAGCCAAAGAGCGGAGCAGGAUCAUGCCCAUUCCACUUAGUUGCAUACUGGAAGUGUGAGCCUACUCAUACUGACCUAAAAGUGGACUACAAGUAUAACAGCCAUGCAAUGGCUGCUCCGUCCCCUCUUCUAAACCUUACUGUAGCUGUGCCUGUGGAUGGUGGAGUCACAAGUCUACAGUCAAAACCAUCUGCGCAAUGGUUAGCUGAAAGUCACAGAGUUAUAUGGAAGUUUACUGAGUUGUCCCAACAUAGUGAAAAUCAUGGAGUUGGUUCAUUGAGGGCUCGCCUAGAAGUGACAAAUGGACCAAGUCAACAAGGCACAAUUGCUACUCAAUUUAAUUGUGAAGGGACCACACUUUCUGGCCUAGAAUUAGAGCUUGUUGGCUCUGGCUAUCGAUUGUCUCUGGUGAAAAGAAGAUUUGUAUCAGGGAAAUACAUAUGUGAUGGUGAUCCUGACAACAGAUCAAGGUAUGCUGCUCCGCCUGGCAGUUAAUAUAGGCUUAUGGCAUAUAUUCUCCCUCCCGUUAACCUCAUGGACUGAGCUGCUGGUGUUAGAGCCUAAUUAAACUUUGUAUUCCUCACAAAAUUUGUGAUAAUCUUCGAAAUAGAAAUGCUCACUGUGUUACAUUUUUGAUGAUAUUUUCUUGUAAGAAAGUGAAUAUUUGGUGAUGGAGAAUGAAAUGAAAUUUAGUGGGCAGAGUGCUUGUUUAGUAUCAGGAUAUGCUUUUUUAAAUCUGAUAUGAAAUUUUAACACGGUCUUGUGAGCUGUGAAUAUUAUUCUCAAAUGUUAAUCAUACAUUUUUAGUUAUUGCAAUAUAUUUAAUGUUUGUUAAAAUUAUUUUGAAGAGAUCAUCUUCAGCAAAUUUGUUCACCAAACAUUUUUGUAGUAUCACAGCCAUUGCAAUAUUUUGUGUAAAACUGAAAAUUAAGGUGACUUUUCUAGCAGGUACAUUUUUAUGCCAUUUAUAGCAAUGUUUAAGCUUGGAUGAUGAAGAUUGAGCAGUACUGGUACAGAACGUGACUUGUUCAUUUCCCUUUAUCAUAUUAUGAAACAAUUUAAAACAUAUUUGCUAGGUAAGUGCGGUAUUUGCUCAUAGGCAUUCACAUUUCGAGUUACCAUUGAGUCUGAUUCUUUCUAAAAUUAUGGCCAUGAUCGAAGAAAUCAUUUACUUUGUAUUUGAUUUGUUACGGCCAAACCUUGUUUGGCUACACUUUACAACCGAAGCUAAUGUUAAUUUUAGUAAUAACUUUACCUACCACAGAAUCAUUUUGUUGAAAGUUGGGAGCUCAGUUGACUUGGUUUUACACAUGAAGUGUUCAAAGAACUGUUGACAAUAUUGUGAAAUCGAACUCUUUGUUGUUUCUUGUUCAAAGAUAAAAAUUGCACCAUGUUGUUUGGGGCAUUGUUUCUGUCCACGCUGUUAUAAUGAAUAAUUCUUUAAUAUGUUGAUAGAUUUAUUGUAAAUCAUACUAUGAAGAUAAAAAAUAUGUAAGUGUAAAUAUAUAAAUAUAUAUAUCUGUAGAAGUAUUAAAAUGUAAGUAUGUUAUAUCUGUUUUUUAAUAAGUAAGAAGGUGUAUUUUUUUGUCAGUACAUUGGUGUUAGGACUGAACGUCACGGAAGAGUUUCUUGGGAUGUUCAACGCACAGCUCGCAACAUGUGCAUUAACACGUUCCAGGUCACUUUUAACAGUUCUUCGUAACAAAGAUCCAAUCCAUUAUGCCCUCAACCAUUUCAGGUACUUUAUUUUUAUGUUGUACCUAACAGUCACUUAGUUAGAGGGUUAGUUCUUCAUGUGCAACUUUAAAGCAUCAUUUUUGUUUUUAUUUGAUGUGUUUGUCCCUGUAAGUUAUGAUUUUAUCCCAUGUUUCCUAACAAACAAGCAUGCAAUGGACCUCAAAAACAUUGUUUUGCCUUCUGCCUGCUGUGGCAGCUUGUCCGCCUAUUAUUUCAAGCAGCAUUCAGCUCUACUUACAUGAGUACUGUACAUACUGUGUACUCUUGUGUGGUAUAUCUCAGAGACUCAGUCACUUUGUAUUCAUAUCUCCUCUAUCAGGUUAUGAUUCUUCAACUGACUGAACUGCCGUUACCAAAUGUGCACAUGAAGAGCCCAUUCCUCAGUAUUCUCUACAUUGUUAGUCUAAGUUAAUCUUAUGUUCAGUUACAUGUUAAAAAUGAGAAGUGCCAAUUUGCUUUUUUACAGACGUUUUGUUCUUUUCUACAUAUGGGCUUAUUUUUUUAUAAUUACCAUACCAGUCAUCUUGUGAUGCAUGCACACUUUUAUGAUUAUUGUCUUGUUUUGUAUAGCAGCCUAUGUGGAAAGGUCUUCAAAGCAUUGUGGCAUUCUAUAUUUUGUAGUUUAGUCACCAAAGAUAAAUUGUUUUAAAUAGAACAUUUCACCUUUUAUACAGGUUAUGUUGAACUUGUUUCCUGAAAAACAGAACAUGUCUUACACACACCAUUCCUUGAUUAUUGUGGUUUUAGACUGAUUUAGGCCUGUCAAUUUUAGACUUUUUCUCUUUGUUCAAUGGUGUUGUGUAAUCAGUGAGUCAUUGUGUUCAUAGAUCAUUGUUGCAAUGUAUUUUCAUAUUAUCGAUUGUCUUAGAUAGUCAAACCAUUAUGCCGCUACUUUUGGAAGCAAUAUUAGUGAGAAAUUACGUAUCAACUUUUGUAGAGCCCAUUACUGCCUAAAGUAGGUGCACUACGUUAACUGUAACCUGCUGAGCAUGAAAGAGGACAUUAAAUUUCUGCAUUUUGUUUGUCAGUUUAAUUUCUGGUCUAAUGUGGUAUGUGGAGAUUAUUUAAGGUGCCGCCAAAAUGUCAAUCAUCCCCCAGUAACUCGUGGUGACGGGUCUGAUGCACGAUAGUGAUCAUCAUGUGGUCGCCACCAAAUCAUUGAUUUAUUUGGCAUUGGACACAUCAGCAGAAAUGCAUCUAUAUUAGUUAAAUAAAAAAUAUAAAUAUUUUUAUAUAAGCAGAAUUUGGUUAUAUGCCACCAUCUUGGCCUCAUUUGAAGUAAGGUCCAAGUGCAAUGAAGUAUUAUGAUUAUCUUUUAUCCUCAAUGUAUCAUGUUCUAAAUCUCUUUCAAUGAAAUGGUUGAGUUUGAAGUUGAGUUUUGGAUCUCACUUUGAUCUACUUGGCCUGCUGUAAGUUAUGUUUGCAGUCCUUGCUACUUCCAAAUACUGCAGCUGGUCUAAUACGAAUUGCCCAGGGUGUUUUUCACUAGCUUCUACAGGGCUUCUCUGCUUAUUUUGUGGGAGUUUGGGAAAAUGCUUCUACCUAUCUCUGUGUUAAAUUAUUGUUUAUGCCUAAUGUCUUUCUGCUACCUCAUACUUUAAGCAAAGUUGAUUUUGUAAGGUUUUUACACUACCACUGAUACUAUUUGCUGUUUUAAAAUUGUAGAAUUGUUUUACUCUUACCUCUUCUGCCUUUUGACUUAGAUAUGUAUUUUAAAAUAUUUUGCUGUGGAAGGAAGGAGGAGGAAAGACAGAAUUUUUAAACUAGAACAUUUACAGUGCACUUUUCACUUUUCAUCAAUUUCUCAUUUAGCAUCAGUGAUAGGUGAUAAGGGAUCAAUAAUGGCUAGGGACAACUUUUCUUUCUUUUAAAGACCGAUCUCGUUCAGAGAUCAUGAAAUGAAUCUCAACAAACACACAUCUUUCAGGAACCUCAAAGCCUUUAUUACUGUAAUUUUUCCUCUUUAUAGUAUUUUUUUUUUCACGUACUUUUAGUAAUGAGAAGUAGUCAUGAAAAACAACUUAUGGAAAUGAAACUCAGGAGCAAAGAUUGAAGAAGAGUGGAAGCUUGAAACCGCUAAUCUAAUUACUGUAUAAGAUGUGCAAAGAUCAGUGCAAAAAUCAUAAUUCCUAGUUGUGAUUUCUAUUAAGAAGAAACUAGGGAACUGAAUGUGAUUUUUUUAGUCCAAGCUCACUGCCAGUUCAUUUUUGACUGGGGUGCCAACGAUUGGGCUUCCACUCUGCCUUGGGCAAAGACCUUUGUUUGUUUGAAGCAUGUAUUUUCUUUGAAUAUGUAUGGAAACAAAUAUUGUUUUAAUAAACAUGGUUAUAAUAA